AUUGACAAUCCUUUUUGAGUAUGGCGUUUCUCCGCUUGUUUAAGCUUCGGUAAAUCUCUUACAGGCAAAGACGAAGCUAAUACUUUGUUAACAAAUAUGACAGUGAAGGCUUAGUGGGCUUAGAAUUGUCGUCCAUGAAAUUAUAUGAGCCAGCAUCAUCGCGGAUUCUAAACAUGGCUUCUAGUAAAGAAGAGUACAAUUAUAAGCAAUUUCGCGAUGAAAUAAUGGCUUGAAUUUCACCAUGAGUAAAUCGGAAAGGUGGUCGAGUGCUUCGUCGGACAGCGACGUGUCUUUUGUGCUGUUUGGAGGCGAGCACCGAGGUGAACUUCAAGGAUCCAACGCUAUACACGAAAUACUUAAAGAGCGAAUCGCGUUUUUAUCAGGUGGCAAGGAUAAGCGUGGAGGGCCUAUAAUUACAAUUCCAAGUCGUGGAACGAACGCAGAGGUUAAAACCGAGGAUUUUAAAAGGUUGUUGGUCUACUUGGCUGGCCUUCCUAGUGACCAUGCAAAAGAUCAAGGUUUUAGUAUUGUUCUUGACAUGCGUGGUAGCACAUGGUUGUCUAUCAAACCCGUGCUAAAGUCAUUACAGGAGUGUUUUCCAUCGAAGAUUCAUUCCGUUUAUAUCAUAACCCGAAGGUUUUUGGGAGAGACACAAGGCUUCAUCUGGAAGUGGCAAGUUCAAUUUUGAGGUGACAUUUAGCUCAACGGAAGGGCUUUGCAAAUACAUCGAGCCCAGUAACCUAACUUCGGGAUUUGGAGGGACACUUGUGUACGA